UCCUCGUCUUAUCAAGGAAGCACGGCUGAGAUUCUGAUGGAAUCUGCGGGGUAAAGAAAGGUGGGGAGGCCCCCCAAAACUGAUUUGAUUGAUGGACCGACCGAUUGAUUGAUUGACCGACCGAUUGAUUGCUUGAUUGAACUGGGGCUGGACGGCAAGAGGCAAGAAGCAAGAAAGCGGAUUUCCUGAGCGAGGACGGGAGUACAAUACAUGCAGUCAGUGGAGAGAAAGCCGCAAACGAUCUCUCGACUUUACUUUUUUGGUGUCAGUUCCUGUCUUCCCUCCUUGCUGGCCGCCUCCGACCGCGCAUACUACCUAUCAGAGCAAGCCAUGAUCAGUCCAAGUUUAUCCCCCCCAUCUCCCGCAAAAUGCUUCCCAUCCUGGCUAUACGCCAACCCCUCCCCAUGUGCACCAGAUGAGCUGGUACUGUACACAACGAAAGCAACCCCUGCCUUCGCAUCCAAGUAUGCUUCUUUGAUCGUCUUCAGCAUUGCCUCUAUCUCGUACCGCGCAGACGUUAUGAUCUCAUCUUCUGAUGAACAGGCCGAUUUGAGCAUUAAACAAGACAGUACUUCGACUCCGCCGCAAACAGGAAACCAAAACCAGUCUCCGCCUCCGCGACAAGGAGCGCCGCCUGUCAAUCCUUACCCAAGACAGGGUUGACAAAAGAGAAACCGACGCCCGAUAAAU